AUGCCAUUUAUCAUGAGUACUGGCAGGGUCAUGGCAAUAACUGCUUCGGAUACAACCAUGAGCAAGUCCAAAUCCCUGAGAGAGUAUCCAGUUGACCUAGACAGGUCAUGUGUCUGCCACUGUGACCAGGAAGAAGACACCUUGAUCAAUAGCCCUACCAAGACUGCCCAUAGUGGCAAGACGGACAUAGGACAGGUAUUAUUGAUUUUUAUAGUCAGGAAAACCAAUAUACAAGGAGAAAAGGGGCCACCCUCCCGGGCUGCCCCCGGCUCGGGCCCUGGAGCUGCCGCCGCGCCCCACCUGCUGGCUGCCAGUACCCUGGCCGACCUGCGAGGCGGGUCCACGGCGGCCCCGGGGGGGCGCCUCGCCUCCUCCUCCUCCUCCUCCUCCUCCUCCUCCUCCUCCUCCUCCUCCUCCUCCUCCUCCUCCUCGGCCGCUUCAUCCCCGUCCUCCGGCCGCGCCCCCGGCGCCGCGCCCGCCGCCGCCAAGAGCCACCGCUGUCCCUUCCCGGGCUGCGCCAAAUUGUACUACAAGUCCUCGCACCUCAAAUCGCACCUGCGAACGCACACAGGUGAGCGCCCCUUUGCCUGCGACUGGCCGGGCUGUGACAAGAAGUUUGCGCGCUCCGACGAGCUGGCCCGCCACCACCGGACGCACACAGGGGAGAAGCGCUUCCCCUGCCCGCUCUGCUCCAAACGCUUCACCCGCAGCGACCACCUUACCAAGCACGCACGCCGCCACCCUGGCUUCCGCCCAGAACUGCUCCGAUGCCCAGGCGCCCGCAGUACCUCACCCAGCGACUCCCUGCCCUGCAGCCUGGCUGGCAGCCCUGCACCCAGCCCAGCACCCAGCCCAGCCCCUGCCGGCCUGUAGGGCCCAUCCAGCCCACCCGGAUCUCACCCCACCCAGAGCACCAGCAACAUGCCUGUUGUCCAGGCACCCUUCCAGCGUUCCCCUGAGGGCCCUGAGGCCUCUGAUCCCUCAAGAAAGCAAGGAGGGGGCCUGAGACUAGACUGGGCUCAGCUGGACCUUUUGGAUAUGCCCCCCCGUGGGUGGCUGGGGCCCGUGUUUGUAAAUAGCCACGACCUAUAAUUCUUCCCAUCUGCUAAACUGGGACCCCAGGUGGGUGGCUGGCAGGUGCUCCUCUCUCCCCUUUGCCACUUCCCUGCUUUGGGGCGGGGGAUAUGUGUGUGGAGGGGGUCAGGAAAGGUACCCCCUGCCCAGUGCUUGGAAUCAGCCCCAGGCCCCUCUCUAGAUUGGGAAGAAGUGAGCAAAGAGCCAUAGAGGAUCCAGGGGUGACCGAGGGCCCACCCGCCUGGGGCUCCUCACCCCGUGGAAAGCCAUUGGAGAUGUUCAGGGAAAUGGGGUGCGGCCCAGCCAUCCCCCACUCGGGUAUUCGAUCUCAGGUGUUAACAGGUUCUGCCCCACUGCCCACGGGAGGCAGGUGGGCAGGGGGAGGGGGAGGGUAACCAUAGGGUCCGGGUUUUGCUUCUGAGAUGGGGGAGGGUGGGAGAGGAGCAGGGUUCUUCCAAAGAGCAUUUGCCUCACUUUGGGGGGAUGUGGAUAUGGGGAUGGAGUGAAUGCUGGCUUAUUUAUUUUCUUGUCGCUGCUGGCUGGGGUGCUGCCUGCCCCCCCUGGGUGGGUGUGGUGUGUUAGUGUAAGUGAGAAGCUGGUGCCGCAGCUACUCCCUGCUCCCGACGUUGGCCUUCCACAGCAUCACGUGACAAUCAUUCCCUCCCUUUUAGGGACCAGACAGCCACUGGGCUAAAUGCACCCCUCCCCACCCUGCAGGUGGAGGUGGGAGCCCUGGCUCCAUCCUGCCCCUUGCUGCAUGUCCCCCCGGGCUGCCAGGCCUGGACCAGUGGUUGAGUUGCCGCCCACAAGGAUAGGAGGCAGGAGGACUGGCCCAGAACCCCCUGGGAAGAGCUGGGUGUGUGUGUGUGUUUGGACCGGGUAGAAUAUUUUUUCAGGCACCAAUCUCUUUUUUGAUCAGGGCCACUGUGGGUGGUCUAUCGUCCUCAGGAGAAGGAGGUGAGGGGAGUGUCGUUGUGACCUAAACUUAGGGUGGAGAGGGGUGGAUGCCAUGUCCUCUGGCAGAGCCGGUGAGAUUUCCUUUUGGACCAAGGGACUGAGGAUCCAGCCCCCCUGCUCUGGCGUGGGAAGGGACCCAGGCUCCCUGCCCCCAGACCCUAAAAGGGCUUGUCUGCCCCCCCUCCCACUCCCCAUUGGCUGCAGGAGGUUUGUGGCAUCUGCAUUUGUUCCAGAGCCUUCCUCGUGGCCUGACUGGGAGCUGGGGGGUUGGAUGGCACUGUUGUGGACCUGGACCCUCAGCCUGGCAGGAUCCAGGGCUGGGUGCCUCAGGUCCUGUUGGAGCUGGGCUGGGGAGGGUCUGCCUGCAGGUUCAGCCCAGGGGCAGAUCCUUGCAGAGUUGGCCCAUCUGCCCUCAGUCCUUCUCUCCCAGAGGGGAAUGCCCUUGUCCUUGAGGGCAGAGGGGUGUGUGUCCCAUUCACCUUUGUGUCUGUGUGGAUGUCCCCUAGAUGUCCCAGGCCUGGCCAUGCCUGUCCACAGUGGGCUUCGGGGCCCAGGAAGCUGAGAGCUCUAAUGUCUGGCCCUGUUCAGGGGCCUGAAGAGACCCAGGCCCCCCUCCUCCAAUGGGCCAGAGGUAGCUGUGGCCUUUCACGGGGGGAUGGGGGGUAGGGGGUCGCAUCCCUAGGGACUCGUGCUUUCUCUGGUGGCACCCCUCUCCCUUGCCCUGCCUGCCCUUAUCCUUGUAUUUAAUUAAAUAAGCCCUUUUUU